UGAAAAGUUCAUCUUAUUUUAUAAAUUAAGUUGAUUUUACUUUGAAGUUGUAGUUGACACCCAGUCAGGGUGAGGUCAACUUAUCUGCGCAUGCUCAUUUCAAAUUUGUCAUGGCAACCGGCUGCGACGGGGUUUCCAAGGAUUUUCCCAGGAGCUCCCUUCGAAAGUUUGAAAGUUUGCAUCCGCCAUCUUGUCACUUUGCUGGCGGUAACUUUCCCUGACGUCUCGUCGAAGAGAAGACAAAUGUCCCUUCUAACGGGUUUUCUAUGAAGUGUUGCUUCUGCAGCUUUGCCAGCGCCAGUCAAGAGCGUCUACUCAGGCACCAUCGACUCAGGCAUACCAAGUUGCUAGAACUUUGAUGGUGACCCCAAGGACUUGGCUACUGCAGUAACUUGAAAUGGCUUUGUUGCUUCUGGUCCACAUAAAUCCCAAACUCGUCCGUAAGAUUCGGCUGACCAAAGCUCCUGAAACUUUAGAGGAACUGUACAAUGAACUGCGUCAAAAACUUGAACUUGUGGGUGAAUUCUGUAUACAGUAUGAAGACUCAGACUUUGGCCAGGCAGUUUGCAACCUGAUUGACAUAGCAGAGUUACCUUCAGAAAAGGCUGUCUUGCAUAUUCUGUGGAGCAGUGAGGACAUGCCAUCACCACCACCUCCAACACCAACUCGGUCAUCCUCCAUCUCUUCCCUUGACACAGCCAGCAUUGGAUCUCCAGACUCAAUCCACAGCUUAUCUUCAGUUGUGCGGACAUAUAGGAGGAACGUUUCACAGUGGCCCACUCCGUUCCCGAUACCAUCAUUCUCAUAUGAUGUUGAACUGAUACUCCGCAAGGGGAAUGAAACGUUUGAAAUAUUAGGGAAGGGUUUACAUGUAACCAGAGAUGUGAAAACGGAGAUUCUGGACAAGUUGGCACAAGAAAUAUUUACUGUGAAAGCCUACCCUGACAAACAUGAGUUCGAGUCUGUUGCUGCUGAACUUGUCAACAAACAUCCCUGCCUCAAAGAGCCUGGUGGUGGUACUGGAUAUGCGGGAUGGACAACCAGCAUAAAGUACAAGAUUGGGAACUACAGAUCAAAACUACGUCAAGCUGGAUGUAAUGAGGUUGGUGUCAACAGGAGAACAAGAAGGGAGGUGGUGGAUGAUCAUGGUGUCAACAGGCGAAGAAGAGAUGAUGAUGGGGAUGGUGGUCCGGAGGGAAGGUUUUCUUUGAAAAAACCAAAGCGAGGUGAGGUCAACCAUGUACCAGAUCAUCCUGAAAGCUACACUGAGGAUGACUUGGAAGACCUGAGGUCUUCCCUGGUUGAAGCCAUGAAGAAGAAAAACAAGGACAUGGAGUUCAUCAGCCAGAAGAUGGACAUCACAUUCUCCUUUAGGAGAAUGGAGAUUGUAGAGAUGGAACCCAUGGUCUCAGAGGUUCUGGAGAGGUGGCCCGGUCUAUUUCUUGAAGAACAGAUUUGUCAAGAGUUCACUCGUGUGACCACCAAGGACCUGAUGGGAACAUUUAAAACUGCCCUUGAGAUGUUCACCCCUCGUCUGCUGAAAUUGUAUCAUGCCAGGAAGGGCGCCUUUAGUCGAGAGAUGGAAACCCUUUUGGAAAUGCUUGACAAACAGACAUCUGACAUCACAAGUCAUCGCAGACAGGCAGCUAUGGAAGGUCUUCCCAUAUUUCUGCGGGAGAAUACUGAGAAGCUUUUCUCUAGAUGCUUGGCAACUGAUGUAGAUGACGAGCAGACGAAAGGCAUCAAGAUGGGUGUCCUCACAGUGCUUGAUGAUGAUGACGCAGUCAUUAAUAUUGCCCUCGUGUUGGAGGAAACCAUUGUCCUGAAAGAUAUCCCAGACACCCCGACUGCGCUUGCGUAUCUUUUUGGCCUGCUUUAUGCCCUCAACAUGGAGUUCCCAAAAGACAUCAGGUAUACCUUUGAAACUAUCCAGCACAUUUUCAUGGAAAUGUCCACCAAUUGCUCACAGCGUGUCCGGAGCUUCAAGACCAAGCUGUUAAACCAGUGAUUCAUUUUCCAUGGGGAAGAUUUCUUUUAUCAUGUCUGUUCAUUUAUUAUGUUUGGAUAUUCUUCACAUAGACCACCGAAUAAUUUUUAUGUUCCUUUUGAUUUCCCCAACUUAUUGACAUGUGCCUUAUUUGCUCUGGACAAAAGAGCUUUAUUUUGACGAAAAACAAAUCUUUUAUUUGUAGCUGUCAUAACUGUCAACUAUCUUCAAUAUUGAUUGUUCAGUAGAAGCUGUGUUUCACCAUUACCGUUGAAGCCUGCAUGUUUGCAUUUUUGGCUAUGUUUAAAGUGUGGUUCAGAUAAUAUGCCAUUUUCAGCUGUGGAUUUACACACUUGUGAAUACUUAGGCACUUAACUGUUUACCUGUCAUCUUUGGCAAUAUUGCAUUAUUUGUAAGGUCUCAACAGGAGUCGGAAAGUAAAAAAAACAAAAACUGGCCAUAUACUGAAACCUGAUUUGCUUUGGGCAUAAGAUUACUUGUUUACAUUGUGGAAUUGUAAAGCUGUUUCUGCCAAAGUGGUUCAAAUAAACAUGCAUAAAUUAA